UAGGUAUAUAAGCCAGCGUCUGCUGUUCUAAGAUACAUUCUACCACCGACAGUCAACAAUAUGAAGGCUUUUAUCAUCGCUUUGGCUAUUUUUGGAGUUGCGACUGCAAGUCGUGACCGUCGUGGUGCGAUUUGGGGUGACCACGGAGUAUAUGGUGCACAUGGAUACUACGCCGGUCAUCAUGGACUUUACGGUGCUCAUGGAGUUGCUCUCGCUGGUCACUCCGUAGGAUACGCAAGUGUUGCUGGACCCCAUGUAGGAGCUUCCGCUCUGGCUGGUCCGACUAUUGGACCAUCUCACCUUGCAGGGUCCGUUGCUGGACCUGUCCAUGUCUCUGGUGCCGUCGCUGGACCAGCGACUGUCACUGCUUCUGUUGCCGGACCUGCCCAUGUUGAAGGUUAUGACGGACACUACGACGGUGUUUACGGAUAUGGUGGCUUUGGACACGGAUUUGGACAUGCUGGUUAUGGUUACGGCCAUGGCGCCCAUGCUGGUCACGGUGUCGUAGUUGUCGGUCCAGCUCACCACGGAUCCAUCCACGCUGGAUACGGCACCCACGGAGCUGUUUUGGCUGGUCCCCAUGCCCAUGGUGCUGUUUUGGCUGGUCCCCAUGCUCACGGAGCCGUUUUGGCUGGUCCUCACUCUCACGGCGCUGUUAUUGCUGGACCUCACUCUGGUACCGCCGCAGUAUCUGGGCCUCAUGCCGGUGACGUCGUCAUCGCAGGACCAUCUGGAAAAAUCACAGCCCACGGUGCUGGUCACGGUGCCGCAAUCCAUACCGGUCACGGUCAUGGUCACCAUUGGUAAAAAUUCCGACGAUCUCCAAGCUUAAAAAUUUCACCGCUUUUAUUGAUAUAAAUUUGUUGUUACAAAUAUAUAUAUUCAUAAGUUAGCUGUGAACUGCUCAUAUUUUUAAAAGUAAAUAUUGUUAUGCUAUUGCUGCGUUCAACUCUGUCUCAUAAUUGGUUAUAGUAAAGAUUAAUAUUUUUUUGUAUUCAUAUCUUUAUUUAUGUAUAUAACGAACAGAAUUUGUAUGUCAAAAAUAAAAAAAUAUAUAUA